AUGCAAAUCAAACUGCAGCGUACUGUUGCCACGAGUGAUGAUGAUGUACCAGGCCGUGACAAGUUGCGUCGUGAAAUCGCUGAGUUCAUCGACGAGACGAAUGAAGCUGCAAUCGCGCUCUAUACAAUCAGUAAUGUCUGCAUGUCUUUAUUUGGUGCUGGGAAGUUACAACGUGACAUUUCAAGCAAACUCAUGGCUAUCUCUACUGCUCUAACGUUGCUGAGCGUGCUCCUGGAUUCGAAGUCCGAGAUAUCAUUACUGUAUCUUCAUGAUCUUGAACUGUUAUCGAAGAGCAUUGACACCUGCCGACCUCUCAUUCAUAAGAUCACAACAUCUGCAGAGAGCCUUGACUCACAUCUAGUGGAUGAACCACGAUCCGAAGGCGUUGGAGCGCAGGCAAAGUUCAAUGCGUUCAACCAUGGCGAGGCGGAGGGUCCUUUGCGCACCUUGGACGAUUGCCUUCCCGCCACCAUGGACAAAUUUAAAGCCCACAUGGAAGCCUACAUCCUCCGCCCCCAAGUCCACUCCAUCGACAACUCCUCCAUUAUGACCUACGCCAUCGAACCUAUCCACCUCGAAGAAGGCGACAUGCGAGCCCACGUCGCCAAGCAGCCCUCCAUCAUCGAGACCGUGGCGCAGCUUUUGCCAGACCAACUCCGCAUCAUUCAGGAACGCGUUAGGAAGCGCAAGGGCGAACUUGUGUCGGCGCUGUUCGGAGCAGAUGUUGAUUUAGUCACGCAGAUGGGCACGUUUAGGACGAAAUCUGUGGUGUUUGUUGCUAAGACUAGGGCGGAGAAGAUAGAUGACGGCUUGGAGGUAAAGCAGGAGGGCAGGCAGUAUCCAUGCUGGGGAGCAAAGGUUGUUACACCUGCCCCAACAACAUUCCCGUCCUCGUUCUUCGGUAUGCCAUUCGCCAAAACCAAUGCAUCCGCACCACCGCCCCCUGCGCCUGCGCUAGGUUUCCCCACUACUGCCAUGUACCGCAACGGAAGCAAGUCCCAGGUCCUCGGCGGACCUGGCUUCUUGAAAGAAAAGGACGGACCUGUCGGGCCAUACAUGCAAGAGUACAUGUCCAUCUCCACCUUGGGUGUGUACAAAGAUAAAUCCUUUGAAGAACUUCGGGUCGUGGAUUACAAGGCCGGACGCACCAAGGACGUUGGUGUCAAGCCUGCCUUGAAGCCAGCUUUCUCGUUCGUAGAGAAGACGGAUAGUGCGAAGUCCGUGGGCUUGUUUGGCCAACAACUCGGUACUGUACCGGGAGCUGCAGUCCCGUGCUUCUUUGGUCAGUCGACAUCUAUCCCGACUCCAAGCUUGUCCGGUCAGACCAAAUCUACCCCGAAGCCAGACUCUGUCGGUCAACCCGCAUCUACCCCGGCCCCGGGCUUGUUCGCGAAGCUUACUCCCCCUACGUCAGCCUUUACUUUCGGCCUCAAGUCAACUCCCGUGUUGGGUGGUCUAGGCGACAAUAGCAGCACGCCACUUGCAUUUGGGGGCCUGUCCAGCCCAAAUAGAGACUCAUCAGUUACUGAACUCACGAAGCAGCUGAGUACGAUGGACAUACUACGCCCCGCGACUGACCUCCCUUCACGAUCCCAUCAGCGGGCAUAUGAGGCACUUCAAGACCUUCCUAUUGAUGAGAGCGUGAAGGCGUCUAAUGCUACGAUGCUUGAGCGCAAGGAACAGGCUGAGCGCAAGAAGCAUUCGGAGCGGAAGUACAAGGCUGAACAAAAGGAACAGGCGCAGCGUAAGGAUUAUGUUGAGCGCGAAGCCGAAGCCGAGCGCAAGCAGAAGAUGAAGGCGAAGGACUUCGACCCAAACUACGAGUCGGAAGAGGUGUGGUCUGCGCGAUACGAGCGUCUCGAGCACUACCGUACUGGUGAUGCUAAGAAGCCGCCGAAGAUUCCUGAGAUCGUCUACGCCGUAGAUAAAGAUGGUGUGGCAUGGGUACGACCGAACCCACCGCCUGCUGACUUGGCCAACUCGUUCGCUGAAAUGGCGCCUGUGGCUUCGACUAACCCGUUUACUGCGUUGGCGCGCGUAGCUUCUGAUGCGUCCACCGCUUCAGCUUUCCACAUGUUCAGUACACCGGUGAAGGACGGCGCUGCUAAUGUUCCUGGUCUCGGAGACGGCAGCAAAGAUGGUGGUGCUGGCGAGGGUGAUGGGAAGAAGAAUAGUGGCAAGGAGCAAGAGAUUGUUGGGGAACAGACUGAGAAAGAGUAG